GGGGUGGCGGCCGUGUUGGGCGCCGAGGGGUGGGGUGUGAUGCGGCACUGCGGCUCUGUGGCCGUUACUCCCGCUCCUCCAGAGAGGGCGGAGGCUGGAGCGCGGCGGUGAUUUUGUGCCGGAGCUUCCCAGAGGCGAACUGAAAAGGCUGGCGGGGUUUAGGAAGCUGGGGGGUUAGGGACACACAUUCAGGCCCCCACCCCCGGGAGGGGACGGGGGCUGGAGGCUAGGCUUGAGGGCGGCGGGAGAGCGCCGGAGGGAUGGUGUGUGCUCGCGAGAAGGGGGCGAGCCCUGCCUGUCGGCGGUGAGGGGCUGCGGGCAGGGGAGGGCUCCAUCGGUCGAAGCGGCUGCUUGGCCACCGGUGUGUGGAACGUGCUGAGCGGAGCGCUGGGCUGGAGCCUGGCGGCCACUUGUAAUCCCCAACGUUGUAUCUAACGUGCUGUUUGAUUUAGCCCGCGUUGGAGAUUAAUUCAUUGGGAGUUUCGCUCGUCUUGCUCCUCCAGGAGCUGGGCAACCUUGACGGGCUUUUUGUCUUGCUGCUCCAGCCCCCUUUCCCUUCCUCCUCCUUCCGAUGCCUUUUCUCUGCCCCUCCUCGCCCGGUAAAGACAUUGCCAGCUCAGGCUGCCGCUCGUGGCGGCUGUCGAAGCCACUGCUCGGGAUUUCGGCUCUUUUCCCUCUUGGGUGUUUUUUGAGGAGGGAGAGCUUUUCUCCCCUCCACGAUGAGAUUUUCCUCCCUUGCGGAAAUGGACUUUCAUUGAUUUUUACUUACUUCACCGUCUAGUGACCAAUUCCCUAAGCGUAUUUUUGUGGUAGUUCCUUUUUUUCCUCCCCAAAUACAUAAUCUGUAAAAUGGAGAACGAGAUUUUUACUCCCCUUCUGGAGCAGUUCAUGACCAGCCCCUUGGUCACUUGGGUUAAAACGUUUGGACCUCUGGCUGCAGGAAAUGGUACCAACCUGGAUGAGUAUGUGGCUUUGGUGGAUGGGGUGUUCUUGAACCAGGUCAUGCACCAAAUUAAUCCUAAAUUGGAGAGUCAGAGAGUAAAUAAAAAAGUCAACAAUGAUGCCUCACUUAGAAUUCAUAAUCUGUCCAUUUUGGUGAGACAGAUAAAACUUUAUUACCAGGAGACUUUGCAGCAGUUGAUCAUGAUGUCAUUGCCAAAUGUCUUAAUCAUCGGCAAAAAUCCCUUUUCUGAACAAGGCACAGAAGAAGUUAAAAAGCUGCUUUUACUUUUGCUGGGUUGUGCAGUUCAGUGUCAGAAAAAAGAAGAAUUUAUUGAAAGAAUUCAGGGUUUAGAUUUUGAUACAAAAGCAGCAGUUGCCGCACAUAUUCAAGAGGUAACACAUAAUCAGGAAAAUGUGUUCGAUCUACAGUGGAUGGAAGUGACUGACAUGUCUCAGGAGGAUGUAGAACCACUCUUGAAAAAUAUGGCAUUGCAUCUAAAAAGACUUAUAGAUGAGAGAGAUGAACAUUCAGAGACUAUAAUAGAACUCUCCGAAGAGCGAGAUGGUCUUCAUUUUCUGCCCCACGCCUCUUCAUCUGCACAGUCACCCUGUGGUUCUCCAGGCAUGAAGCGAACAGAAAGUCGACAGCAUCUGUCAGUGGAACUGGCAGAUGCUAAGGCCAAGAUAAGAAGGCUUAGGCAGGAACUGGAGGAAAAGACUGAACAGUUACUGGAUUGCAAACAAGAACUUGAGCAAAUGGAAAUAGAACUAAAAAGGCUGCAGCAGGAGAACAUGAAUUUGCUUUCGGAUGCUCGUUCUGCCAGAAUGUACCGAGAUGAAUUAGAUGCGCUCCGAGAGAAGGCGGUCAGGGUUGAUAAGCUUGAAAGUGAAGUCAGCAGAUACAAAGAGAGGUUACAUGAUAUUGAAUUCUAUAAGGCGAGAGUUGAGGAAUUAAAAGAAGACAAUCAAGUUUUAUUAGAAACAAAAGCCAUGUUGGAGGACCAACUAGAAGGGACUCGAGCUCGUUCUGAUAAAUUACAUGAAUUAGAAAAGGAGAAUUUACAGCUAAAGGCUAAACUGCAUGACAUGGAGAUGGAACGUGAUAUGGAUAGAAAAAAGAUUGAAGAAUUAAUGGAAGAAAAUAUGACUCUGGAAAUGGCACAGAAGCAAAGUAUGGAUGAAUCCUUACAUCUUGGCUGGGAGCUGGAACAGAUAUCUAGAACUAGCGAACUUUCUGAAGCACCACAAAAAUCCUUGGGCCAUGAGGUGAAUGAGUUGACAUCAAGUAGGUUACUGAAGUUGGAGAUGGAAAACCAGAGCUUGGCAAAAACUGUAGAAGAGCUUCGGAGUACUGUGGAUUCUGUAGAAGGCAACGCUUCCAAAAUCCUGAAAAUUGAAAAGGAAAAUCAAAGACUAAAUAAAAAGGUUGAAAUUCUUGAAAAUGAGGUUAUUCAAGAAAAGCAAAGUCUUCAGAAUUGUCAGAAUUUAAGCAAGGAUCUAAUGAAGGAAAAAGCUCAGCUUGAAAAAACAAUAGAAACACUUAGAGAGAAUUCAGAGAGACAGAUUAAAAUAUUAGAACAGGAAAAUGAACAUCUGAAUCAAACCGUGUCUUCCCUACGGCAGCGCUCUCAGAUAAGUGCUGAAGCAAGGGUGAAAGACAUUGAAAAAGAAAACAAAAUUCUCCACGAAUCUAUCAAAGAAACAAGUAGCAAGCUAAGCAAGACUGAAUUUGAAAAAAGACAAAUUAGAAAAGAAUUGGAACAUUAUAAAGAAAAAGGAGAACGAUCAGAAGAACUUGAGAAUGAGUUACAUCAUCUUGAAAAAGAAAACGAAUUGUUACAGAAAAAGAUAACUAAUUUAAAAAUCACUUGUGAAAAAAUUGAGGCCUUAGAACAAGAAAAUUCAGAGCUAGAAAGAGAAAAUAGAAAAUUAAAAAAAACAUUGGAUAGCUUUAAAAACCUUACUUUUCAGUUAGAAUCCCUAGAAAAAGAGAAUUCCCAGCUUGAUGAGGAGAACUUGGAGCUGCGAAGGAACGUGGAAUCCUUGAAGUGUGCGAGCAUGAAGAUGGCCCAGCUACAAUUAGAGAACAGAGAGCUGGAAGGUGAAAAAGAGCAGCUUAAGAAGGGCUUGGAGCUCAUGAAAGCAUCAUUUAAGAAAACAGAGCGCUUAGAAGUUAGCUACCAGGGUUUAGAUACAGAAAAUCAAAGGCUGCAGAAAGCACUAGAGAACAGCAAUAAAAAAAUUCAGCAACUAGAGAGUGAACUGCAAGACUUAGAGAUGGAAAAUCAAACACUGCAAAAAAACCUAGAAGAGUUAAAAAUAUCUAGCAAAAGACUAGAACAGCUAGAAAAAGAAAAUAAAUCCUUAGAGCAGGAGACCUCGCAACUGGAAAAGGAUAAGAAACAACUGGAGAAAGAGAAUAAGAGGCUCCGGCAACAAGCAGAAAUCAAGGAUGCCACACUAGAGGAGAAUAACGUGAAGAUCGGGAAUCUGGAGAAAGAGAACAAAACCCUGUUCAAAGAGAUCGGCAUAUACAAGGAAUCCUGUGUUCGCCUGAAAGAAUUAGAGAAAGAAAAUAAGGAGCUUGUGAAGAGAGCAACUAUUGAUAUAAAAACUUUGGUUACAUUACGUGAGGAUUUGGUGAGUGAAAAGUUGAAGACUCAACAAAUGAACAAUGAUCUUGAAAAAUUAACUCACGAGCUUGAAAAGAUAGGGUUAAAUAAAGAGCGACUCUUACAUGAUGAGCAGAGUACCGAUGACAGUAGGUACAAACUUUUGGAAUCAAAAUUAGAAUCUACUCUGAAGAAGUCUCUUGAAAUAAAAGAAGAAAAAAUUGCUGCUUUAGAAGCUCGAUUAGAAGAAUCCACAAAUUAUAACCAGCAAUUGCGCCAAGAACUUAAAACAGUGAAAAAAAAUUAUGAAGCUCUCAAACAGAGACAAGAUGAAGAAAGGAUGGUACAGAGCUCCCCUCCAGCGUCUGGUGAGGAUACCAGAUGGGAGCGGGAAAGUCAGGAAGCCACCAGAGAGCUUCUGAAAGUCAAAGACAGGCUGAUUGAAGUAGAAAGGAAUAAUGCUACACUGCAGGCGGAGAAGCAAGCAUUGAAAACGCAACUGAAGCAGCUUGAGACCCAGAACAGCAACUUGCAGGCUCAGAUUCUGGCACUUCAGAGACAGACUGUGUCACUGCAGGAGCAGAACACCACCCUCCAGACGCAGAACGCCAAGCUUCAGGUUGAAAAUUCUACCCUUAAUUCUCAAAGUACCUCACUUAUGAACCAGAAUGCACAACUCCUAAUUCAGCAGUCUUCCUUAGAAAAUGAAAAUGAGUCUAUGAUCAAAGAAAGAGAAGACCUGAAAUCUCUCUACGAUUCUCUGGUCAAAGAUCAUGAAAAGCUGGAGCUUCUGCAUGAACGCCAGGCCUCAGAGUUUGAAUCUCUCAUUGCAAAACAUGGAACUCUGAAGUUUGCCCACAAAAAUCUUGAGGUGGAACACAAAGAUCUCGAAGACCGUUACAAUCAGUUAUUAAAACAGAAAGGACAAUUGGAAGAUUUGGAAAAAAUGCUCAAAGUAGAACAGGAAAAAAUGCUGCUUGAAAACAAAAACCAUGAGACUGUAGCUGAAGAAUACAAGAAACUUUGUGGCGAAAAUGAUAGGUUGAAUCAUACAUAUAGUCAGCUUUUGAAAGAGACUGAAGUUUUACAAACUGAUCAUAAAAAUUUGAAGAGUCUUCUAAAUAAUUCCAAACUAGAACAAACAAGAUUAGAAGCUGAAUUUUCAAAGCUAAAGGAACAAUACCAGCAGUUGGACAUCACAUCUACCAAGCUGAACAACCAAUGUGAGUUGCUAAGCCAGCUUAAAGGAAACUUGGAAGAAGAAAAUCGACAUCUGCUAGAUCAAAUUCAGACAUUGAUGCUACAGAACAGAACACUAUUGGAGCAGAAUAUGGAAAGCAAGGAUCUUUUUCACGUUGAACAAAGACAGUACAUUGAUAAGUUAAAUGAAUUAAGACGACAAAAGGAGAAAUUAGAGGAGAAAAUUAUGGAUCAGUACAAAUUUUAUGACCCAUCACCUCCUAGAAGGAGAGGCAACUGGAUUACACUGAAAAUGAGAAAAUUGAUAAAGUCUAAGAAAGAUCUUAAUCGGGAACGUCAGAAAUCCCUCACGUUAACACCGACUCGUUCAGACUCGGGUGAAGGCUUUCUUCAGCUCCCCCAUCAAGACAGUCAAGACAGCUCCUCAGUAGGUUCUAACUCUCUAGAAGAUGGCCAGGCCCUGGGGACCAAGAAGAGCAGCAUGAUUGCACUGAAAAGACUGCCCUUUUUGAGGAACAGACCGAAGGACAAAGACAAAAUGAAGGCCUGCUACCGUCGUUCCAUGUCCAUGAAUGACCUGGUGCAGUCCAUGGUCCUAGCAGGAGGACAGUGGACAGGUAGUACUGAGAAUUUGGAGGUUCCUGAUGAUAUUUCAACGGGUAAAAGGAGAAAAGAAUUGGGAGCUAUGGCCUUCUCUACUACAGCCAUCAACUUUUCAACUGGCAACUCUUCUACAGGCUUCAGAUCCAAGCAGUUGGUUAAAAAUAAAGAUACUACAUCCUUUGAAGAUAUAAGCCCACAAGGUAUUAGUGAUGAUUCUAGUACGGGAUCAAGAGUUCAUGCUUCGCGACCAGCCAGCCUUGAUAGUGGCCAAACGUCCACUGGCAAUAGCAAUAAUAAUGCUUCCCUCCACGAAGUCAAAGCAGGUGCCGUUACUAGCCAGAGCAGGCCUCAGAGCCACAGCAGUGGAGAAUUUAGCCUGCUUCAUGACCAUGAGGCUUGGUCCAGCAGUGGUAGCAGCCCCAUCCAGUACUUGAAAAGGCAGACCAGGUCAAGUCCAAUGCUCCAGCACAAAACGCGUGAAGCAUUAGACAGUCGGGCGCAUCACAAGAUCAGGACCGGUUCCCCUGGAAGUGAAGUCGUCACUCUGCAGCAGUUUUUGGAAGAAAGCAACAAGCUUACCUCAGUACAGAUAAAGUCCUCAAGUCAAGAUAAUCUUUUAGAUGAAGUAAUGAAAAGUUUGUCUGUCUCUUCUGACUUUUUGGGGAAGGACAAACCAGUGAGCUGUGGUCUGGCCAGGUCAGUAAGUGGAAGAACCCCAGGGGACUUCUGUGAUAGACGGACAACUAAGCCAGAACAAUUUGUGAGACCUGGUUCUCGAAUGACUGAAGAUACUCACUUCACUGGUCCUCCAGGAAAAUCUACAGCAGGCACUCAAGGAAGAAUAAAGUCGGUAAAAGAAACUUCUCUGCCACGACAAUCAAAAGAUAGUAAUCCUUACGCUACUUUACCACGCGCAAGCAGUGUGAUCUCUACUGCCGAAGGAACUACCCGAAGGACGAGCAUCCAUGAUUUUCUGACCAAGGACGGUCGGCCGCCGGCGUCGGUCGAUUCCGCAGCAGCCACUGCUGACAGCGGCGUCCAUGCGGCACCUAAUGUGGACAAAGUACAAGAAAGCAGAAUUUCAAAAAGCAGGUCUAGGGAGCCACAAAGCUCCUAAUUCUGUUACCCACUACAUGACAUGUGGGCCAAGUGCCUAGUCCCGAGAUGUAUUUUUUAAGCCUUGAACGAAUAAUACAAACGGAACCCAUUUAUAAUAAAAAACCUUGAUGUACGAACGUGGUAUUUGGACAACAGAAAUGCCUUAAAAGGAAUGCUUAUGGAUAAAGUUGCACUUGAAACACCCUUUAACAAAAUCUGAUUUUGAAUUGUCUUUUCCUUUUCUAUGAAGAGUUCUUUUUCAAUGUUUGUCAUUGUGCUUAUACCUGUUAUUAAAUACCAAAUCAAACAAUAUAAAAACUGUAACCUUUCUUUAAAAAACUAAUGCUAAUGAGAGAUUUGGAGUUGAAUGUUAAAAUGUUUAUUACUUGAUGAUACCUAGUAUCAGCCACAGAAAUCCAACACAUAACAAAAGUUAACACCAUCUGUUUGCUUGGUAUCUUUUUAAAAACACAUUAUUUUUCAUUUUAGUUCUUAACUUUGUUUCUCCUAAAAAAAUUAAUUUGGUUUAACAUUCCAGGUAUCAAAGUGAUAUAAAAAGAAAUAAAACAAAAUGAAUUUUUAUAACAAGUUGUUAGUAAUCAUUUAAAAAUUACAACAUAUAAUUUUAGCCAAGUGUUAUUCUUUCGUUCCUUUCCCUUUGGCCCAGAAAACCUAUUUUCAGACACAACCCAUCACUUUCCAUAAUCCUUUUAGAUGAUCCUAAAAGUCGUAAUCAUUUUGGGAUGAGUUUUGGAGGUUUGAGGAGUCUUCAAUUCUGUUAAUCCCCGAAUAGGGUGAAAUAAAAUUCAAUAGGUUGCACAAAUUAAUCUCGUUCAUUUUCAGUGUGGGAGGCAGAAUGACAUUGGAGACAGCUACUGGCCUCGUGUCCUUGGGCAGGCCCGUCUUUCUGGGCUUGUUUUCUGGGAAGAGCAGUUAGGCCAGGUAAUAUCUGAGGUCCUCAGUUUCCAUCACUCGAUUCAUUAGUGCCUUCAUUUUAAACAUAACCUAAAAAUUCCUUUUUCAUUUUUUUUGGUCUUAGAGACACAGUACAGAAUUAAUAAAAACUAACACGGGAUCUUCGAAUAAGGUUAUCAUUUAUGGGAAAUACAAACCAUCUCUUAAACCCAGUGUUCUUUUUUUAAUUAUUUUUGUAGUUUCUGAUAUGUAUCAAAAUAACUCGUUUUUACUUUUUUCUUUAGUAACACAAAUUGGUGCCAGUUAAGUACACGACCUUCACCAGGUGGGGAUUAUUAAAAUGUGGUUCUCUUAAGAAUAUUCCGUAUCACUGUACUGGAAGACGACAUGAGAAUUUUCAUAGCCACGUGAAAGUUCUGUAGCCUCGCUUAGGUCUGACCCUCAGUGAUGAAUUGUGUUUGCAUCUAAAUGAGGAGAAAAAAUGUCAGAUUUCCUGUUUCUGUUUCUGAAGUAGCUCUUACAUGACCACUAAUUCUACAUUUUCCUGGGUUUUUGUACUGUUGCCAUAUUUGAAGGGAGGAUAAGUAAAUAUCGACUCUAGUUGAGAGAAGAAACUUGUACCGUGUUCACAUUUCUAACCUCUGAACUACGACUAAACAAAUUAUUUUUAAUGGUGUAGUAUAUAUUCUGCCACUGAGUUUUAAAGUGUAAUAUAAUAAUUACAUUUUCAUCUCCAGUGUUUAUUUUUUCUAAAUUAAAAAUUUCUAAAGGUGUAUUGUCUGAUAGGAAGUUAAUCAGCUUUUCUUCCUCUGAGAAAAGUCACUGGCUUAAAAACAAAUACCCAAUAAUGGAAAGCAUUUG